AUGCUUCGCGCGUUGGCGAACAAGGUGGCGAUGACGGCGAUGCGUCGCGGCGAGGGUUCCUUCGCGCGCGCGUCGUCCACGGGCGUGAUCACAAACUUGGAGAACGCCACCGGUCUGUACAAGGAAGAGCUCGAGGGGAAGCUGAGGGGGGAGGACAUUUUCGACCACCACGCCUUCCUUCGCGCGCCGCAAGGCACGGAGGAAUCUCCGUGCGUCGUGGAGUCCACGAUGGAGUACCGCGUCGUGGGAUCGCCCGAUCCCGACGAUGACUCCAUCAUUCACUGGGGUCGUCUCGAGGAGGGGGCGCCGCCAAUGAAGAUAGGUAGCGAGUGGUUUGUGCACAAGCGCGUCGCGGGAGGCGGACACCACUGA